AAAGCACCACCAUCUCCUUCCUCCAUUAGUAUCAACCUUUCUCCUUCCAUCCCUCUCUCUCUCUCUCUCUCCAUUUCUCUCAUCCUUCAAUCCUUUUGAAUUCUGUUUUCAUCAUGAGCCCUUCGUCGCGAGAGAUCAACGGCUCCCGCCCGGCCCCUCUCAAGAUCCACAAGGACACCCAACUCAUCCACAAGCAAUCCUCCUCCUCCACCGCCACCACCCACCACCGCCACCAUCCUGUCAUCAUCUACACCCACUCCCCCAAGAUCAUCCACACGCAGGCUCGCGACUUCAUGGCCCUUGUCCAGAAGCUCACCGGUCUCUCCCGCUCCACCGAUGACGACGACGACGACUCAGCCGCCGCCGCCAACAAUCCCCCUCCCGCACCAUCCAACAUUCCCUGCAAGGACGCCGACACGAUCCAUGCGGCUAACAACGAUCCGUCGCCGUUGUCGGAGAAUCGCAGCAUCGCGGGGGAGGUCGUCCACCAUGUCGGCUGCUCCCCGCUGCCAUCUGCCCCGGCCGCCAUGUCGCCGCUCGGCUUCGACCCCCUGCCACCUCCUAACCCGUUCCUGUCGGAGAUCCCGCUCUUCACACCCAGCUCCUCGGACUUCUUCUGCUCGUCAGGGUCCUUCUAUAGGUACCCGGAGUCGGCGCUGUUCUCGCAAUCCAUUCCAAACAUGGGCGGCUCCAUCUCGCCUUCCAUCAUGGACACCAUGAAGGCUUUCCCCGACUACUGAGAUUGGCAGGAGGCCUGGUUUUCAUCCAUGGGCAAUAAUUCUCCUAGUUCAGUUCGUUUGUUUUGGUUGGCUGAUCCUAUCAGCUCCGAGGAGAGGAAUCAGACUCCUUGUAGUUGGAGGUUGAUUGGUUCGGGUUGCCUCAUUUCCUUUUCUUUUCUUCAACGAAGCGAAGGCUUGCAUCUAGUUUCCAUUCUCUUUUUCCUGCAAUGAUACGGACAUUGUACUGCGUCUUGCUGGUUUUGCAAUCGAGAAAUUUGAAUGAUAAGGCAAACUGGCAGCUAAAUAUAUGGCGUGAUCCAUACAUGCGGACAACUGAAGGUUUCGAAACUCGGCCUUUGGUUAGUUCCUAGCCCUCGAACAAACCAAAAUAAUUUGGUAAAUUUGGUAUUAAUUUGUUACCAUAAUGGAUCGACAGACUAGGGCCUAGAAGUACGAAGUACUACAUCUAGAAGGAUAUAAUUAUUUUUAUAUAUAUUAAUGAACUGCUCAGAUCCAGAUCAAACUUGAUGAGCAUAUCUGGUCCAGUUUUUAGGAAUCAAACCGGAAUACGAUAUGGUUAUAUUGCGAGCUAUUACGGUGACAUUCGGAGCCAUUACAUUGACCUAAUUAAACUUUGUGCUGCAUCAGCAUCGUCGAUUCUGAGGCACAAACGCUACCCUACAAACCUUUUAGAUUAACAUAAAUUCAGUCAAACUAACCCAACUUAGCACAUGAGACUGCCAUCAAAAGUUGUUUACCUUCUCUUACAACGAACAAAUUCUCAUCUCCUACCCAGAAAUCUCUGAUGCUCUUGAAAGUCAUAACAUAUGAAGGGAGAACACCCAUGGAAACUAAUGUACUUACCUGAGGACAUGUGAGAGGGUAUAGAAGAUAAUGGAAAGCACUUCUCAGAGCUCCAGUAGCACCAGAAAAUUACAAUCACAGGUUGCUGCAUUUCGAAAAGGUAAGCAACCACCAUGAAUUGAGGCCAUGCAUAGUUUUUGAGCAGCCUAUAGUAGUAAUUGUUUUAAUGGCAUAAGCUCAAAACGCGAGCUAAAAGAUUGUUAUGCACAGCAGCAAUGAGACAAAAGCUUAAUCUGAAUACAAUCAUGUGUAUUGAAGACUCGUUUUUUUUUUCCACCUAUUUUUUUAAUGUCUCCUGCACUGGGGGGGGGGGGGGUGGGUGGAUAUAAGCAGAAAGAGAAAAUCUUAUUUAUGAACAUAUGAAACAAUUAAAAAUACAUGACUAUA